AAGAGAGGAGACUUCCUGGACCUCCAUGGACCGACAGUGAAUUACAAACGAGCAUACAGCAGAAUAUUUAUUUGAAAGAAUCAGCGCGAAAGAAGUAUGGAGGAUGAUGAACUUCCGUCAGCGGAUGGGAUGGCUGGGCGUGGCUCUCUACUUGCUGCUCAGCGUACUGGCAGUGUACUACGUCUUUGAGGUUCACAGCUUCAGUUUGGAGCAUGUGCAGAGAGGUGGAGUCAGCCCGUCUGCUCCACCCUUCGCCGUCAGCUGGUCUCAGAGCAUCAGCGCUCGCCUGCCGCCACUUCCUGUCUGGAUAUGGGCCUUCGUCUUCCUGUUGCCGUACCUGCAGCUCUUCCUGUUCCUGUUCUCCUGUACACGAGCCGACCCUCGAGCGGUCGGUUACUGCGUCCUUCCUGUCUGCCUCGCCCUGCUCUGCAGUCGCCAUUCCUCCCGCAAACCAGCCAGUCAGAGAGGCCCGCCACUCAUCGACACCUAGAGGAGGACAACCAAUCAGAGAAGCCUGCUGCUCAGCGACAGCUGGAGAGGAGGACCAAUCAGAACGGCUGCUCUCUCAACGACAUGUAGUGGAUCACCAAUCAUAAUGGCAGACAACAAACUGAAUUUUGUGUUGUUUGUGAUGUCACUUCCUGUGUGCCUUCAAUUUAAGGUUGCGGUCACGCAAACGCAACAUUGGUGAAUAUUGUCCUCCCCUUAAAAUCCUUUCUUUGUUGGCAAAGUGGCGAAAAAACAUUUGCUUCUGGUUGCCAAGCAAACCUGCAUGUUUGCAUUACGUGGAGUUUAACUGUGGACAAGAUGGAAACCUCGACCGAUAACAAAGACGUGUGCAUGUGGGUCACCCCACUUGGCAGUCAAAUGGACUACAAACCAGCACUCUGAUGUGUGCCACAUCCUGCACUGCCCACAGAUCGAUGGUCACUCACCGACAUCUGUGUGACCGCAGCCUUACAAACUGUCCUGUCAAAUUUAACCCUCCGCCCUGACUGUCAGGAGCUGACACUGCCCAGAAUAUUGUCUUUAAGAGCCAACACUACUGCCCUGAGCAACAACUGUCACAUCAGUCCGCAGCUGUCAAUCAUUCUCCUGUUAAUUUAUUAUUGUAUAUCCACAGAGAAUCCUGUGCAGUGAUUGGCUGCAGGAUGUGUAGGUGUGGUUAAGUGUGGUCAGUCCAUUCCAUAGUCACCUGAAGCAUCGGUACGUUUGCUAUGGUUACCUCUAGCUUAACAUUAGGAAGAGAAAUUAAACUACAGAAAAUCGUAACAUUUUGUUGUGUUUACUAAGCUGAAUCACAUGACCCACAGUGGUAACCAUGACAACUUUAUUACUACAACAAUAAAAUGAAAAAAAAAGGGUUCAUU